AUGGAGUUGCUUCAGGAACUCUUCGUCACAGUUAUUGUUGCUGUUUUGUUUUCUUUUCUUACAGCUAAACUUGUUUCUUUAGGUGGUGCAGGUGAUGCUGAUUCUAAUCAGAAUUCUCAGUUAUUAAAGAGUCAAAAUACUGAUCAGGAAAAUACAAAUGAAACUAUCAUGGAGGACUUGUCGUAUCGUGAUCGUGAAAGAUUGGAAGUUAAGGGGUUUGAAAGUGAAAAGAAAGUGGAAUUCGUUCAAGAUGUUUCCCGGAAGGUGGAUCAAUUAUGUGGAGAAUCAAAACCAGUUAACGUUGAUGAAGUAAUUGAGACUGAAUGCAGUGAAUUGCCUCAAGAUUCAAUCCAAGAAGGUCCAAAAGAAGAGAAUAAUUUGGCUAAAGAAAACAGCGAAAUUGAACCGAUUAGAACGGGACAAUCUUAUGCUCAAAGCCAAAAUGAUGCUGCAGGAGAAGAAUCAGAGGAUAUUAGAGUGGACUUUGAGGAGAAGGCAGGAGGAUUGACAUGA